GUCAACUACAAUCUUCGUCUCCGACUCGAGGAGGUCUCCGGCCCACUGAUGCGUGAAGAAGGUGAUUUCAUUGACCAGCUAGCCCAUCUUUCAUUCUAUGAUGAGAAAAAUCCGGUGCGGGAAUGGAUGGAAUAUGGUAGAUCUAACCGGGCUCCAGUUCUGGACGAGGAUGAUGAUGACGGCGACAUCCCUCUCCCGUCCCAUAUUGUCAGAGAUCAAAUAAACGUGUCAGAUCUACGUGAGGCUACGGGGAAUGAUUCCAUCAGCGAUUGGGCACGUCAAAAUAUAGGUGACACUCACCUAGGGAAGAGAAAGUUGCACAAGGGGCCUAAGAAGGGUGACUCGAAGCGUCGAAAAGGCAAAGGAACAGCAAAACCAGUGAGCAGCGACACCGAGACUGAUGAUGGCGAAGGUGAGCGUAGUCCUCCGUAUCAGGAGUCCGAGGAUAGCAGCUCGGCCGAUGAUGGUGAUGAUGGUGACGGUGCUCAGCCUAAUGCUGGUGGUGGAGGUAGUGGUGCUGAUGAUGCUGCUGGUGGUAGUGGUCAUGCUCGUGGUGUUCGUUUCACAGGGGAAACUCAGUUCACACAUGCUACUCAGGACACCGACCAUGGAGCACCGCAAUCACUUGUUGAGGGAGAGGAGAGGAAGGUAUUUGGGGAGCGAGCGUGUGUGGGCGCUUCUGGAAACUUCCACGUCUGA